AUGCUCCUUAAAGGGGCUGAUGAACUGGAAUCAGCUGAAGAGGAAGAGGAGCCAAUCCUGGCUAGCGUCAGCUGCAUGUUGCCCUGGUCUUUGCCACCCUUCAAGCUACCCCAGCACGCCACCUCUACAUGCCACCUCUACACGCCACCUCUACAUGCCACCCCAAACAACCCACCCCUUCACACCACCCCAACACGCCACCUCUACACGCCACCCCUUCACACCACCCCAACACGCCACCCCUUCACGCCACCCCAACACGCCACCCCUUCACGCCACCUCUACACGCCACCUCUACAUGCCACCCCAAACACCCCACCCCUUCACACCACCCCAACACGCCACCUCUACACGCCACCCCUUCACACCACCCCAACACGCCACCCCUUCACGCCACCCCAACACGCCACCCCUUCACGCCACCUCUACACGCCACCUCUACAUGCCACCCCAAACACCCCACCCCUUCAUGCCACCCCUUCACACCACCCCAACACGCCACCUCUACACGCCACCCCUUCACGCCACCCCAACGCGCCACCUCUACACGCCACCCCUUCACGCUACCCCUUCACACCACCCCAACACGCCACCUCUACACGCCACCCCUUCACGCCACCUCUACAUGCCACCCCUUCACGCCACCUCUACACGCCACCUCUGCAUGCCACCCCAAACACCCCACCCCGUCACACCACCCCAACACGCCACCUCUACACGCCACCCCUUCACACCACCCCAACACGCCACCCCUUCACACCACCCCAACACGCCACCCCUUCACGCGACCUCUACACGCCACCUCUACAUGCCACCCCAAACACCCCACCCCUUCACGCCACCCCUUCACACCACCCCUUCACGCCACCUCUACACGCCACCCCUUCACACCACCCCAACACGCCACCUCUACACGCCACCCCUUCACGCCACCCCAACACGCCACCUCUACACGCCACCCCUUCACGCCACCCCUUCACACCACCCCAACACGCCACCUCUACACGCCACCCCUUCACGCCACCUCUACAUGCCACCCCUUCACGCCACCUCUACACGCCACCUCUGCAUGCCACCCCAAACACCCCACCCCGUCACACCACCCCAACACGCCACCUCUACACGCCACCCCUUCACACCACCCCAACACGCCACCCCUUCACACCACCCCAACACGCCACCCCUUCACGCGACCUCUACACGCCACCUCUACAUGCCACCCCAAACACCCCACCCCUUCACACCACCUCUACACGCCACCACUUCACACAACCUCUACACGCCACCCCUUCAAGCCACCCCAACACGUCACCCCUUCACACCACCUCUACACACCACCCCAACACGCCACCUCUACACGCCACCCCUUCAAGCCACCCCAACACGCCACCUCUACACGCCACCCCUUCACGCCACCCCAACACUCCACCUCUACAUGUCACCCCAAACACCCCACCCCUUCAUGCCACCCCUUCACACCACCCCAACACGCCACCUCUACACGCCACCCCUUCAAGCCACCCUAACACGCCACCUCUACACGCCAACCUUCACACCACCUCUACACGCCACCCCUUCACGCCACCUCUACAUGCCACCCCAACACUCCACCUCUACAUGUCACCCCAAACACCCCACCCCUUCACGCCACCCCUUCAAGCCACCCCAACACGCCACCUCUACACGCCACCCCUUCACACCACCUCUACACGCCACCCCAACAUGCCACCUCUACACGCCACCCCAACACGCCACCCCUUCAAGCCACCCCAACACUCCAGAGUGUCGCUCACAAUGAAGUAA